AGAUUUUUUUAUGACAGAAGAAAAUGGAUUUUUAUUAAAACUCUGAUUUCUGAUUCAAUUUAAAAUCUUCAUUUAACGUAGUAACAUUGUACCGUCUCUUUGAUAUCUACAUUGCAUUUAAAACAACGUGUGCAAUAGCAUUGCACAUCUGCGAAUAUACGCAUGCCUUUUCACAGGAAAAUCCUUCAACCCCUCAGCGGAGGCAGAGACGGUUCUAGCACGAAGCAGUUCUGUCGCAAGCUUCGCCGCGGCCGGACGUACAAGUGGGGUGGCAUGCGCGCCGGGGUGAAACUUGCAAGCUCCCCCUUUAUCGAGCUUGCAGAUGGCUGUGCCUUUUAGAUUUUGACGUGUCUCUCCGUUCCUCCCCGUUCGUUCGUUUGUGCGCUUCGCGUGAUAUAACAUUUCGGUCGUUUGCUACUCAUCAAUUGCUACUUCCCGACGAUCAACACCCUUCAACAUGCCCAAGAAAGUCGGAUUUAACGUCGUUUACGCCACGAGCGAGGAGGACAGACACUCAUCAUUAGAGCUUAACAUUCACGGGCCAACAGUAAGAGGUUGGCAAAGUGCAAGAAAUUGCACAUAUCCUCAGGAACUGAUCUUACGUCUUCACGGACCGACUAAGCUUACAAGGAUACAAGUCCUGGCUCAUCAGUACCUCAUACCCGAGAAACUGGAGAUCUGGACAUCGAGGGAGGAAAACGCAUCCGCUUCGACGGAUUUCAGUUACCUGGGUUACAUCACGCUGUCCGACAACGCGUCGACUCUUUACAAGAGCAGAGAGUUGAAGAGCGUGGCCCUUCCAGAGACGGAAGCAUUGUCACUGAAGCUCAGGCUACAUAAACCGCACAGUAAUGCGCACAAUACCUACUGUCAGGUUGGCCUUAUCGCCAUAAAUAUACUUGGCGAGCCUUAUGGCCAGGAAUUAACUGGACAAGGGGAUGCUCCGUACAAUCCGCAUUAUAUCUCGCCUUACGACGAUUUGGCGUUCGAAAUGUACGUCGACCGGGAAGUGGCCAAAAUCAUAAGACAAAUGGAAGCGAAGAAAUUGCUGGCGGUGGAAGAAGAGAGAUUCGAAUACGCUUCGAAAUUGAAAGUGGCAAUGGAGAAUCUAAGAAAAGCGGGCGAGCGUCUGGGCAAAUACGAGUUGGAGAAAAAGUACGCCAUAGCUUUGGAGGACUACGACAAAGCCAAGGCUAAAAAGGCUCAAGCUCAACAGUACCGACAGCAGGUUUAUCAGUCAUUAGAAAUAUACAAUCUGCUCGAAGUUCACGGGCCUGUAGAAAAGAAUAAUUUGUCCUCUGCCGACGACAAGGAGCCAACAUCGACGGACACAGCGGCGUUAACCGACGACGUCACAUCUCCCCCGAGAUUAGUCGUCCCACCUAAUCGCGACGGUGCUUUGUCACCCACCGGGCCCGCACAUCAACCACCCGUGUCACCGUUGCGUCAAAAAACGAAUAGUCCUGUAACCGGAAGCCCUACGAAUGGUGUCCUUGAGAAGCAGAGCAAUUGUAACAAAGGAUCUCUAAGGAGAAAAACUAAAUCAGCAGGUCCGGCUCUUCGCUCAAGUUACGAAGCUUACGAGGAAAGAACCAUUCCCGCUCUAAGGCACUCGCACACGAACGAAUUCACGAGAGAGUGUCACUUGGAUAGCGCAGAGACAAAAGUCACCUCGAAACUUAACGAUAGAGAGAAAAAACAAGCUGCAUUGCCUAUCGCGGUCUUCGGAAUGGAAAUGGUGGAGAAGUUCUAUUCGAAACAGUUCACGGACAAGGAGGAGGGACUAUUGCAAUUGAAAGAAGAGCUAAAGACGUUCGAUCCGCAAGUGUCUAAGCAUUCUCCAAAUAAAACAGCUAGGGCCGCGAUUCUAUUGUUACAUAGAGCUCUUAGGGACAAGGUCUUUAGCGUAUACAGUUUGGCUGCGCAAUUAAUCAGGAUUUUCUUCGCCGAGUUCGCCGCGGAUAGAGUAUCUUCGACGGAGAUCGCCAGAAGCGUCGAACGCUUGCUGCCGGAGCUUCUGACGAAGUCCGGAGAUACCACGCCGAGGAUACAUAAUAUGGCAGUGCAUACAAUCCUCAGCAUGGCGGACUGCAAAUGCGUGCGGGAAUUGCAUAUAAUACCGGUGCACCUAACCAGACCUGUUAACAGUAGCACGCAUCAGCGGUUAGCACUGAGCAGGCUGGAAAUGGUGGAGCAACUGAUACUGAGCCACGGUAUAUCCACGGAAAAACAGAGGUAUUGUAACUGUUGUAGCGGGUUGACCUGUCGGACGUUAUCCGAAUUAGGUUCCUCCGGUCUGCACCACCCGGCUGAAGCGGUGCGAAAAGUCUCCGAGAGAAUUCUCGUGUUGGUGUACAAAGUCAAUCCUAGACUGGUGCGAAAGCAAUUGCCGCCCGAUGACGAUAUAACGCGGCGGAAUCUACUAUAUCGUCAACUUUUCCAUGAAUUUGAUCUAAUCGAUCUUCAGAGAAAAAAGGAAGCCGAAUCCACCCAUAAAGCAACAACGACGCCUACGCGAAAUAAAUCUACAGAAAAUAAUGUAGCUAGUUUAACCAAGUCACCCUCGAGAUCGAGUCCGGUCGUCAGUACCGGAAGUUCAACGAGUAUCACGUCUCCGUCCGAGAACAGUACCGAUCACAAAGGGGAGAAAAUGUGCAUAUUUUGCCUGUCGAAGGGUCAGGUGUACUCUGAAGAAGGUCUGAACAUACAUUAUUGGAGAUCUUGUCCUAUGUUAACGAAGUGCGAAGCGUGCAAACAAGUUGUAGAAAUUUCUUAUUUAAAUUUACAUUUAUUAAAUGAAUGCGAUAUGAGGAGCAAUUAUGUGAAGUGCGAAACGUGCAAACAAGCGAUGCAUGAAAGUGCGUUCGAAAACCAUACAAGACAAGACAAGAAAUGCACAAAACCUAUAGAGGGAUAUGAACGCUGUCCUCUUUGUUCGGCUUUAGUCAAUCAAAAUAAAUGGAGGGAACAUCUAAUGGGAGAACACCCCUGUGUAAAUAAUCCACGCAGCAAAAUGGGGAAAAGCUGUUCAAAAUCGCCGUCGAAUUCGCAAAAUCUCAGUGGCAAAUUAACAUCACCGACGGGUAGAGAUUACUAGCAUCAGGCAUCGACUUCGAAGCCAACAGAAGAAUUCGACGAGUCUUAGGAGGAUUUUGAUUUGAUUUAUUUUAUAGUUUAUGUAUAUGUUACUAGCGUUUUUCAUGUUUGUACCUAUAUUUAAAUGGUUUUUAUAGCAAAACCCGUCCUUUAUUCAUAGCGAUCCAUAAUGAGCGAAUUUUUAAUCGUAGAGACUAGAAAUCCAGACAUUUAAAAAUUUAGAUGACACGCUUAUAUCAAGCGAGUUUGCGAAAUCAUAUGGGAGAUAUUGGAGAUAUUAGGAAUUGUUAACAGGUUCCACUCUUUCUAUGGUUAUUGCAUGAUGCCCAGGACAUUUGCAGGGAUGUAUUAAUUAUUAAAGGUAGUGAUAUCAGAUGUUAUGAAAACAUCAUUUCAGGAUUAAUGAUUCCUUUGCAUCCGGCCAUAUUUAUAAUAAAAAUUUGUACUAUAUACUAUACAUCACACGAUUAUGACGAAAAUAUGUCAAAUAAAUAUUAGGGAAUGGAAAGCUCUUUUUCGCUCAAACGACGUUAGAUAACGCAUGUAAUUUCAUAAAACACUUCAUAGAUCAGUAAAAAUAAUCAUUUUAUCAUGAUA